CUCAUUGAAAAUAUCAACAACCGUAACAAAGAACAUUGAAAACAUACUUCACCAGUGUUAAUUCUUGUGUGCAAUCUUACUACAAUUCUUCUAGUCUUGUUCUGCAGUUCUUCAACCAACUCACAGUCUUUCAGAGUUGCUGGUAUAUCUCCUGUCCAUGAUCACCGAAAGAUCAUAAGAAACUCUACCCUUCAAAUUCCCAUCUGAAAUAUAUCAAUGUCAGCUUCCAGUCAUGCAAUUGCAGAGGCUGUGGUUGCCACAGCUGGGGCCAUGCUACUUAUUGCUGCUGUUUUUGUUUACUUCUUUCACAAAUUUGUGAUUUCUAGAUACCGCCAGAGAAACAAAAUUGGAGCAAGUUUGCUUCGAGAAUCUGGAGUGAACCUUGAGUAUAUAAACAAAGUUGGUGGCAAUGUGAAGGGAUUAAUCGUUGAAGAAAAUGGAGUUGAUGUUCUUUAUGUGGUGGAGACAGAAAGAAGACCAUUGAUAACUGGAUUCCAAAAUAGUAUACUCAAUCCGAGUUUCGAACACGAUGAAGAUGAAAAGAGAAUAGAUAUAAUGGUCCAAAGGUCCAAACUCUUCAAGCCUGAAAUUCCACACCCAUGUCAAUCUCCAAGCUUGGUUGUUCAUGAGAAUCAUCAAGUACUUAAACCAGAAUCACAAACACCAUCAGUUUCAACAUCACUAACAUCAACACAAAACCUCCCACAAUCACCUCAGCCAGCACCUCCUACCCAACCACCACCACCACCACCGUCUUCACCAAUUAUUCUUGAGAACAAGAAAACUCAACCACCACCUCCUCCUCCUCCUCCAACUCGUCCUCCACCACCACCUCCAGGUCCACCUCCUCUUCCAAAGGCCAGUGGCUUCAUUUCGUCACUGAAACACCCACCUGCACCCAAAGGGAAAACAAACAUAAGAAGCACCAAAGAGGGUUUGGCAGGGGAGAGUUCAAGAGAGAAGGUUGUUGGCCAAACAAGGCUGAAGCCUCUACACUGGGAUAAGGUUGUAGCAAAUGUUGAUCAUUCAACGGUGUGGGAUCAGAUCAAUGAUGGCUCUUUCAGGUUUGAUGAUGAACUGAUGGAGUCACUCUUUGGGUAUUCAAGUAGCUAUAAAACACAAGAAAAAAACAGAAUUCUUUCCACUUUGGCCAAGUCCAAUUCCAAUGCACCAACUCAAAUAUUCAUUCUUGACCCAAGAAAAUCUCAAAACACUGCCAUUGUGCUAAGAUCACUUGCCAUUUCUCGCAAGGGAAUCUUGGAUGCUGUUCUUGAUGGUCAAGGUCUGAGUGUUGAGACGCUUGAAAGACUCACUAAAAUAGCUCCCACCCAAGAAGAGGAAGCUAAAAUCAUCCAAUUCAGUGGCAACCCGGAUCAGCUUGCUGAUGCCGAGUCUUUCCUGCACUACAUUCUUAAAGCGGUUCCAACAGCAUUCAACCGUUUGAAAGCGAUGCUUUUCAGGUCGAGUUAUGAUUGUGAAGUUCUUCAGCUCAAGGAACAACUACAAGCGCUUGAAAUGGGUUGCAAGGAACUGAGAACUAGUGGUCUGUUUUUGAAACUCCUUGAGGCCAUUCUCAAGGCUGGGAAUCGAAUGAAUGCUGGAACUUCAAGAGGCAAUGCACAAGGUUUCAACCUGAGUGCUCUUAGAAAACUUUCUGACGUGAAAAGCACAGAUGGGAAGACCAGUUUGCUUCAUUUUAUAGUAGAACAAGUGGUUCAGUCAGAAGGAAAAAGACAAGCUCUCUAUCGCAAGCACAAACUUCACACAAGCAAUGUUGAAGCAAACAAUGUGAAUAGAGCUUAUUCAUAUAGACUGAUACAACAAGAGGAAGAUAAAGAACACGCAAUGCUUGGUUUGCAAGUGUUACGUGGGCUAAGUGAUGAAUUAUCUGAAGCAAAGAAAGCAGCUAGUAUUGAGUAUCACAAUUUUAUCACAAUGUGUUCCACUCUGAAUGCUCAUGUUACUGAAAUUAGACAGAUUGUAACGUGCUGUGGCUACACCAGGAGUGGUGGAUUUAUCAACGAAAUGAAAGGGUUCUUGGAGGAAUGUGAGGGAGAACUUGAGGUGGUGAAAGAGGAGCAGACAAGGAUCAUGGAGCUUGUGAAGAAAACAAACGAUUACUAUCUAGCAGGAGCAUCCAAAGACAACAUGGUAAACCCCUUUCAACUGUUUGUUAUUGUAAAGAAUUUUGUUGACAUGGUUGAUCAGGCUUGCAUAGAAUUAAAAAGGAAGUUGGAAAAGAAGAAUGUGGGAGGAGAAGCUGUGUCAACAACACCACCUUUGUCACCAUCAAAGAGGGCACCACUGAGAUUCCCUAACUUUGAUUUGUAUUUUCUGUCAAAUGUGUCAGAAACUUCAUCUUCUAGCCAGUCAGAAGAUGAUUUCUGAAGCUGGAUUUUAGUUUAUUUCAUUUUGGUUCUGCAAAAUGUUCACUGGUGUUCCCAUGUCGAUCAUAAAUUUGGUACAUAGAAUCUUUAAUUUUGAUGCAUUUCUAAGGUGUACAAAAGAUAUGACUAAAUGAGUAUACUUUAAUAAGCUCGUUAGAAUGUUGA